AAAAGGUGAGGGAGCACCACAUCAAUAGAAUCCUACAAGGAACACGUCCCUACGUACGCCAGCUGUCUGCCUGCUGCAGAGAUGGUGCAAGUGAUUCCUUUCCUCCUGGUUCUCUGCCUGACCCUGGUGGUUCCUGGCUUUUCUGCAGGAGAGUGCCAGCCUGCUGGGUACUGGAUCAACAAACAGGGCCACAUCCUGAUCAUUUGGCCUGUGGAUCAAGGCAGCUUUAAUGGUUACUACCUCAAGAAUGAGUCAUAUCCAUUGAAAGGUCUUCGGCUUCCCCCCAAUCAGAACCGACAGAUAAUCUUGGGCUUCGUGGUUACCUACAGUUCAGGUUCCAUCAGGGUCUUCACAGGCCAGUGCUCCAUGGAAAACACAGGGAAGGAAGUUUUGAAGACCAUCUGGCUCGAGCUGUCACUUGUGGGCAACAUCGAAUACUACUGGAUACCCACCAUGGUUGGCACUGAUGAAUUCACCCAUCUGCCAUGGCGGAAGGAAGAUGGCAUCACAAGGGAUUUAAAGACUGAUGAAAGUGCCUGGGACGCAGACCCCAUCUCCUGCUCCACCAGCUAUUUCUAACAUGCAGACCCCAUCUCCUGCCCCACCACCUCCUUCUAACAUGUAGACCUCAACUCCUGCCCCACCACCUGCUCCUAAUAGUAAAGCUUUACUGCAAACAA